AUGCAUCGUCUUAUGUAUUGCGUUUUUGUCUUUUUCCUUAUAUCAAUUACUCAUCUUGGAUUCUGUUCCGAAAUAACUGUUGAUAAUUCAAAACCUGAGGAAAAUAAUAAUAUUGAUGCGGAGGAUAACUCUGAUACAAUUUUAACAACAACAACAAUAAUAACAGAUCCAAUUGUUGAAGAUAUUGUUGAAAAUAUUGUUGAAAAUAUUGUUGAAAAUAUUGUUGAAAAUGUUACAGAAUCAACAACUGUAAUUACAACUACAACGAUAAUUGAUGAAAAACAAGUGAAGAAAUUUCUAACUGAGUAUUCAAUAAAUGUCAAUUUAUCGUCAUUAUCAUUAUCUGAUACGAUAUUUAAUAGUCAUUUAAAUGAUUUAAUUAUUCUUGUUUUUGAGCCACAUGAAACUUUAAUAAUUAGUAAAACUGAUGGAACAGUUAAAAAUUAUUUUAAUUAUGCACACAUUAUACCAAUUAAUCAACAAAUAAAACAAUCGAAUUUUUUCAUUAUUUUUGAUGAUAAUGCUCAAGAACUUUGGAUAUAUAAUUCUACUCAUCAACAAAACUCAAUAAUAAUAUUUAAACCAAAACAAAUUUAUAUUUUUGCAGAUGACUCGUGGAUUGCUGAAACAUCUGAUGAAGCUGGCUUAUAUAUCAGUCAAAACUCAGGUAUUGAUUGGAAACAAAUCGAUCAAAGUAGUAGUUCGUCAAUACUUGGCUGGUCAAACAAAGCACAAGCUGUUGUUAUCAUUCAACAUUCACGUUAUAUAAAAUUACUUGAUAUAAUAACAAAUAAAAUAACACCUAUUUUAAAUGAUGUAUCAUCAACGAAACUUUUUUCACGUUAUUUACUUACAAAACAAGCCAAUAAUGCCAUUGUUAUCAGUCAUGUGAAUAAUUUAGCUGAUGAAGGCUUUCGAUCGUUACCUAAACGAUUACAAUCACAAGGAAACCUUUAUUGCGCUAUUGAAGACGUCAAUACUCAAGAUUUAUUACUUUUAUUUGUUACUGAUAACAGAUUAGAAGAAAAUAAUGAAACAAUUUUAUCAACAUGUAAUCUUGUUAGUUAUUCAAAACAAAGUUUAUUCAAUUUACCGAAUAUUAAUUGUGAAUCAAUAAAUAGUAAUAAUGCCUUAAACACAAUUGAAUGUUCAACUGAACAAAUACCAUUUUAUCAAGUACGUGGUUUAUCAAAAAAUGUUUUCUUAGCAAAUGUUGCAUCAGAAGCAACUGCAGUGGUUUCAUUUGAUGAUGGACUCACUUGGAAUAAAACACGUUAUGAAUGUGAGAAGAUGAUGAAUUGUCCAAGCAAUGUCUCAGUUGUAAUAAAGUCAUUGAGUUCCUCGAAUGGUGCGCCUGGAAUCGUUGUAGGAAAAGCUUCUGAUGGUGUAAAUGAAUAUGUAGCAAUAUCAUCGAAUGGUGGACGAUUAUGGCGCUUAAGUUCCAAAGGCAAUAGCUAUUUAACAGCUGUAUCAAAUCCAAAUGCUCUUAUAGUCACUAUACCAAAUCAUAAUCAACAAUCUAUGAAUCAUGAAUAUCGCUAUUCAACUGAUUAUGGUCGUAGUUGGCAUUCAGAAACAUUUUCAAAUGAAACGUCCUUUAAAAUCUUGUCUCUUAUUGCCAAUGAUAAUAAUAUUUUUUAUAUUUUAACAUUAAACAAUGAAAAUCUACUCAAUUUAAUCCAGCUUGAUUUUAAUCUUCUUACUGUUAAAGAAUGUGCUCGUCAUCAAUUAAAAGAAUGGUCAUUACAUGGUGCAUGUAUAAAUGGUUCAAAAUUAUUUUAUCAACGACGUGUAUCUGGUUCACAUUGUCUUGAUGAUACAUCGAAAGUUCGAGUUGAACCAUGUGCAUGUUCAUUAUCCGAUUUUGAAUGUUUACCAGGUUAUAAACGUUCAAAAGAUGGAAUAUGUUUACCAAGAUCUCAUUAUAUCUUUACACAAGAUUGUACUUGUAAUGAUAAUAGUACUAUUUUAACAAAACAACGUGGAUAUGUUAAAUCAUUGAAUAGUCAAUGUGCUAAUGGAAUUGAAAAUUAUCUUUCUGAUGCUCAUGUAACACGUCGUGAUCCAAAUCAUCCAAAUUUUUUUGUUUAUGGUAUUAAUCCACGUACAAAACAUGCUAUUGUUGAAAUACAUACAAAUGAUUUUGAUGAUACUGUUGAUGAUGAUGAUGAUGAUGAUGACGAUGAAGAUAGUGAAGCUAUAAUACAAAAUACAACAUGGUUUGUUGAUGAAACAUAUCAAAUAACAUCACUUGUUUUUGAUCAAAAUGGUCAACAAGUUUAUAUGGCUGUUGAACACAAUGAAUUUUCAAUUAUUUAUAGUAUUGGAAAAAAUCUUCGUCAACAAAAUCGUGAUACUAAAAAAUUAAUAUUUGAUUCAAAUAAUGAAUUAUAUAAAAGUACAGAUGAACAUAUUGAAUAUUUAGCUCUUGAUAGCUUGGCACAAAAUUUAUAUGUUCUUAUUCGAAAUAAACAAACUCAACAACAAACAAUAUUUAUACUUGAUAUUCGUACACAUAAACGACGUACAAUUGUUAAAAAUCAACAUAUACAACCAUCGAUAAUUCUUGUUGAUCCAGUUAAAACAAAUCUUUAUUGGAUUUCACAUAAUUCACCAUUAACAUUGAAUAUAGGAAAUCUUCAAGGACAAAUUAAAAAACAUAUACAUUUAUUAUCAACAGAUUCAAAUAUCAGUUAUAUAUCGUAUGAUCCAAUAACACAUGAAAUUAUUUUUGUUGUUAAUUCAAUUAUUUAUGGAUUCAAUACACUCGAUUAUCGUCAUCAUUCAUCAAGAAUUAUUUAUGAACAUUCAUCAGUUAUACAAAAUCCUUUAUUUAUACAUCCAAUUCUUUAUUUUACACAUCAAAAUAAUGAUACAGAUUCAUCAAUGAUUUAUUUACAAUCUAUUGAUAUACUAGCGAAAAGUUUUGCUAAAAGAAUAGCUAAGUUUAAAAGUUUUAAUUCAUUAAAAUUAUUUAUUGAUAUGGCUCCGAUUAUGCCAACAAGUUCAGCAACAAUAAUUAAUCGUUGUACAAAUAAUCCUUGCUCUGACUUAUGUAUUCCACUUGAACAUGGACGAUUCCGUUGUGUAUGUAGCGAUGAUGCACGUUAUCAAACAUGUUCAUGUCCAAGUGAUGAACGAUUUAUCGCAGGUGGUUGUCAAGCUAAAAAUAAUCAAUGUGCACCUGGCCGUAUUCUAUGUCAAAAUCGUUUAAAUUGUGCUGAAUCAGCUCGUAUUUGUGAACAAGAUCAUACACAAUAUACUGAAUCAUUUAAAACUACAGCACGUUGUACACUUGAUAAACCUGAUGAUGGUUUUGAUUGUUAUUAUACUGGUAGUGAAUUAAAUAAUGCAAAUACUACAUGUAUUCCAUUUGAAUGGCUUUGUGAUGGUGUUUAUGAUUGUCCAUUGGGUAAUGAUGAAGAACAUUGCCAUAAAAUAACAACAACAGCCAGACCAGUAACAAGAGUACCAGGUCGAUGUUUAACUGAAAGACAAUUUACUCAUAUUAUGUGUGGUGAUAGAUGCAUGAGAAUUAAGGAUGUUUGUCGAAAUGUAUCCAAUGCAUUAUUAUGUUCAAACCAAUUUCAUCUUAAUUGUAAACAAACACAUGAAAGAAAUGAAUAUGUUUGUAAAUGUUAUGAUAAAAGCCGUUGUAUUGCAAUGACUGAAAAUUGUGAUGAUUAUGAAAGUUGUGAACAAAUUUGUCGGGAUUCAAUUCAUUAUGCUAAUUCAAAAUCGAACAAACUCGAUACACCGUCAUCAACAAUAUGGAUAGCACUUGUUGUUGUCAUUCUUAUUAUUCUUCUUAUUGCUAUCAUUUUUAUGACUGUUCGUUAUAUGCGUCAAAAAGAUGCAAGAAAAGCUUCAGCACAAUCACGUACACCAGCUGCACCGGUGGUAACAACAACUAAUUCUUCACCGAGUGAUGCUCAUCAACAACUUCUCAAACAAGGUACUAACGCAGCCAAUGAAACAAGUUAA